UGGGGACCGUGUUCUCCACUUAAUCCCUUCUACUCAGCCGUUUACCCGCGCGCGAGAGGCUGUUCGCACCGACCGACCACGAGGAUAGUAAACGAGCCAGUGUUGCUUCUGCAGGCGGACAGCAAUUAUUCACACCGCGACCACUCUCGCCAUGGCUGCUGACUGGGGAUACAGUCCCACUAAUGGCCCGGAGGUGUGGGCCCGUUUGUUCCCUCAGGCCGGCGGAGCCCGUCAGAGUCCAGUGGACAUCUGCACGGCCAUCGCCAGCAGCGACUCGGACCUCGAGGUCAGGAAGUUAACCGCCGUUUACGAAUCACAGUCCGGCUUGCGAAUUCUCAACACCGGUCACGGAUGGAAGGUCGAGGCGCCGCAGACCGAGUCUGUUUUGGAGGGUGGACCCCUGGGCGAUGAUAUUUACCGGCUGGAGCAGUUCCAUUGCCACUGGGGAGAGACAACCGACGAGGGAUCCGAGCACACGGUCGACGGCAAGGCUUUCGCCGGAGAGCUCCACUUGGUUCACUGGAACACGACGAAAUACCAAAGUUUCGCCGAAGCUGCUCAACACCCUGACGGCCUUGCCGUGCUUGGAGUUUUCUUUGAGGUCGGGAAUGAGAGCAACUCGGAGAUGGAGAAAAUCGCGGCAAGCCUGGCCGAGAUCAAAUUCAAGGGACAGUUCACAGAAGUCACUGACGUCAUCGACCCGGCCAAGCUCUUGCCAGACGGCCUUGGUUACUGGACUUACUUGGGCUCGCUGACCACUCCGCCGUGCAACGAGUGCGUUACUUGGAUUGUCUUUAAACAGCCCAUCACUGUCACAGAGCAGCAGCUUGCCCAAAUGCGCCACCUGAGCAACUCUGGAGAGUCCGAGGAAUUCGUGGUCAAGAACUACAGACCCCCUCAGCCCCUGGGCAACCGUGCCCUGCGCGAGUGCACCGCCGCCUAACGAGUUCCCGUCCGGCUCGCCCUAGUUUGAAAUCGUCCAUUCCAGUCUCCAACCCGAGCAUUUACAUAUCCGACCCGUCAACCUGCAGGAUUGUUUAGCCCUAUUUUCCAACGCCCCUGAAAUAUCAGACACACGCGUGCCUUCGAUUUUAGGUCUUUUUUUCUCUGUCAUUUCGAAAUAAUUCCCUUUUAUUGAUUUUUUUUCCGCCACUGGUAUGAAAUCAUAUUCUUGCCCUUUUGCUAAAUUCCUGCCACUUUCCGUUUGCUUCUCGAGGGCAUAUUAUUUUUCCUUCAGUUAAAGAUGUUGUUGUUAAUGUACAUAUUGUACAAGAUCUAGUUUUAUAUACACCUAGUGCAGACAAUAAACUACUACGACCUAGCUGCCUUGCUUGUACAAUUACGAUGGUGUAUGGUGAUGUUUACACGAAUGUUUAUUGUGCAGUCACACAAUAAAUUUGUUUUAACCAUA